AUGACAAUUGUUGAUGUUGGUUUACCGAUCACCCUUUAUUAUGUUCUUUUAUAUUUUAGUGUACCUGUUAUUUUGGCACUAGUCAUCUCAGGUACCAUACCGUUUGUUUCUGUUAUCAUUAAUUUUAUCUUUCGUAAACAAGUCGACGUCACGGGAAUACUCAGUACGACUGGUUUUAUUACUGAAAUCAUAUUAUCGAUAGUUCAAGGUUACGUUACGUUAAACAUAUUGCAACAAUUGAAUACAUCAAUUAUCAGCUUUGUAAUGGGUCUAGUAUUUUUUAUCACUUUGAUUCCUAUAAAAGUUGGUUCAUACCAAAUACGACCUUUAUUGUAUUAUAAUUUUAAGUUUAUGGAAAUGGGUAAUUUUAAAGGGUUAACAGAAGAUGAGCCUAUUCCUGAGCGUUGGGAAAGGUAUUGGAGAACUUACGCUGAGUUUCGACAAACUUUUAUUGUCUUGACUGCUGUUUGGGGAUUUGCUUUACUUCUUGAUGUUCCUGUCCGUUUUCUAGUUAUUUAUAAAACCAAAACGGCAGACCAAGCAGCUUUUAUUGGAGGUAUUACUAGUUUUUGUUAUAUGCAGAUUUUUGUUUUAUUUAGCGUUAUUUAUGUUAAAUGGAUGAAAAAAUUACAUGAUAAACGAUAUAAAUUAAAAGAAGGUACCAUCAUCGCUGAUGCUGCUAUUAAUGAAAUUUAG